AUGGAAAACGCCCUAGCAUGCAAGUCGCCGUAUGGCCCUCCCCCUCACGAGACAACCCCUCGGUUCAUAUCCGUGGAUGCAUACAUCAAAACCCAUCUUCAUUGUUCCGAGAAAGGAUACUACGAUGUGCUGGAGAAUAUUAAUCAUGAUUCUCUAGCUGCAGGUGCGCCGGAUAUUGCCUGCUCGGCGACACAAGCCAAGUUCUUGAUGCUCCUGGCUCGCGCGUGCAAUGCAAAGAAUAUUCUGGAAGUUGGAACUAUGGGCGGAUACAGCGCUGCGUGGAUGUCUACCGCGGACCCAGAGGUCAAAGUGACGACUAUUGAGCGCAGACCGGAAUUUGUGGAACUCGCAGCUAAAAACCUUGCAAAGGCAGGCUUGUCGUCGCGAGUUGAGAUUUUGACGGGCCUAGCACUUGAAGUCAUGCCGGCUCUGUUGACUGAGAUGCGUCGAAAAGAACGGGCGCCGUUUGAUUUCGUCUUUAUCGAUGCGAAUAAGGAGGACGGCCUCGAGUAUUUCACUCUCGCCGUGGAAAUGGCCCGUCCCCGAGCAAUUAUCAUUGUCGAUAACGUGAUCUGGAAUGGGAAAAUUGCUUCCGCUGAUGAGGCCGAGAAGGAUGCUCGCGUUAAGGGAAUCCGCAAGCUCAUCGAGGGUACUGGGGUGAACGACUUGGUAGACGCCACAGCAAUCCAAACCGUAGGAGAAAAGAAUUACGACGGGUUUCUGUUUGCUGUGAAGAAUUGA